AAAUUUACUCUUCUGUAUUGUGUUUAAAAUUGAGAUAUGUGAUAGACAAAUAUAAUUUACAGCGGGUCUGCAUGUCGAUAAACAAAAUGUUAACCCAAUGAAGCCGCAUAUCUCGCAGGAUAUUUUAGAUAUGGUUCGCCGGAAUUUCACACGUGAAAUCGAGUUUUAUCAAUUCUGUCGCCAGCGAUUGCACAAACAGUAUCUUGCCCUAAAACUGAACGAUCUCAAGCGGGUGGACAAGUCAUUGGCCAGACUGAGCGAUGCCAAUGAAAUGGCCAUUAAAAACUAGUUUUUUAGAUAUAUUUUAAAGCCAAAUUAAUAAAUAUGAAGGAAGAUUUUAAGAGGUUUUUCUUGUGGAAACAAAA